AUGAGACUCUCUUCAACGCUCAUAGCUGUCGUGGCUUCGAUCGCUCUUACCCAAGAUAUAGCCAGCGAUGAGCCUACCAAGGUACACGUCCUAUGGGAAUCUGAGAAGGUCGCGGAUGACGCAGAAUGGGCUGCAGCCCGCCAGAAGGGAGAUGAUUUGAUAUGUCGACUCGAAGCCACGGACGAAGCUGCUGGUAGACUAAAUAUGGACACACGAACACCGCCUUCCGCACGCAAUCAAUGGCCCAAUGCCGCACUCACAAGUGAGAUAAGUCUCUGGGGUUGGUUUACUGGCGAAUAUGACCAGAAAUCGCAUUGCCAAUUUGCCGAUGAUAACGAAGAUUACCAUGUCAACAAGGUCGAACACUACAACGAGCGCGCCGAAGAUGACGAUGGAGACACUCUUGCGGCGCAAGACCAGUACUACGACAUCAAUGGUGUUUGGGAGCGGUGUACCGGUGCGCAUGUUCGAUUCGGUAUCAACCAACGAGGCGGACUGAUCAUUGGUCUCGACUUCCUCAACCCUAGAACAGCAGCACUGGCAAAUUGGGAUGACAGCCCAGCAGAAGCUAGCCUCCCGGAGCUCAAGCGUGCCUCGGACAUCAUGAUGGCGUACUGGCUUCGCGGCAAUAUUGACCCCAAAAGCCUCAAGUACUAUCUUGUGCUCACCAUCAAGAAUACAAUGACUCUCGCUCUCAUCAACAGAGUGUUGAAGAACCAUGGUCUCAAAGAGGUACCGUACUGGCCUGGUGUGAUAGCCAACAUGUACGACGAGGAAGGCCCGGCGUUACUUGGUGAGUAG